CCUUGAAGACAUGUCUUAGUUUUUAGAGGUGGACACUUUUUGAAAUUAUGUUAUCUGUCCUAGAGUAUUUUGAAUAACCCUCAUGUGAACAGAUAAUAAUAACACUAAUAAUAAUAGUGAAAGAUAUAGGCUUAUAUUAGGUUUCUGGAUAAUCGAAAAUGAAUGUCUUGUAGAACUGGCCUGUCUGUAGUCACCAACUGAUACAAAUACUAAGGAAACGUUCGGCUUAAGAGUACAUUUUAGUAAUACUCGGUAUAUUAUAGAUGUGCGCAAAAAAAUAAACUAAUCUUGCCAGAGGGCCAGUCCUGAUAUGAGUUGUCUUUUCCUCAUUAGUGUAAAGUGUCUGCAAUCAGGUGGAGGUAAAAAUAGCGUUGUCCCAGUUGACCUUCUGUAAGUGCGAACUCACACAGAUCCAGGAUCAGUCAGUGUUUGACUCGCCCAAUUCUAUGUUGCGCAGCCAAAACCGAUCUGAGACCAGCCUCUUCCAAAGUGACACUUGACGGUAACACCGUUUACUUGUCACCAUGACAAUAGUGUCCCAAAGCGAUUUCCUUAGACCGAAUACACGUUUGGAAAAAAAAAGUGUUGCUAAAUCUGUUAACUUGUUAAACAGUCAGCGGAAAGCAGGAGCAGCGCGGGCGUCAACUGCCGUAAAACACCGUAAGAUGGCACUCAGAAGGCAAUAAAAGGUUUGUGCUGUAUACAAAUAAAAGGAUGAAAGGCUGAAGCUGGGAGAGCAGCCGGCAGGAAGAAGCUCCUCUACGACCUAAUGAAGCUCUACGUUUAAAUCCAUCAUGUAAUGGCAAACUCAGGAAACCGAAGAAAAUCUAUGGAGAAAAAAAGAAUGUGACAGUUAAUAAACACUGCUGAUGUCAGCUAAAAACAAAUCACAUUAAAUACAUCAGCUACGGUAAAGCAUCUGAAGAGACCCGGAGAAGAUGUCAGAUCUGUUGUGCAGGUGGCUGAACCAGGAGCUGCGGCUCUCCAAAUUUGUAGAGCCACAAACCUUGGCCAGGGACUUUUCCACCGGUUACUUAAUUGGAGAAGUUCUGUUUAAAUAUCAGUUACAGACUGAUUUCAGAAUGUUUACGAAAAAGGACACAUCAAUCUCUAAAGUGAACAAUUUUACUCGUCUUGAGCCGACAUUGCAAUUACUGGGAAUCACCUUUGACAUAAACACAGCCCAGGAACUGAUGCAGGAGAAACACGGCGUUGCCACACGACUGCUGUACCAUCUCUACACUGCACUUGGAAAGAAAAAGAGAGCUGAAAUGACAGAGACAAUGGUGGAGAUCAUGCAGCCAGCAGCCAUAGCAAACCUGCACAAGAGAGAGCAUGACAACUACACUGAUCGUCUGCAUCAAAUAGUGAAGCGAGAUGCAGAGCUAAAGCUGAUGAAGAUCGCUCAGCAUUAUGAGGAGAAAUGUCAGCAGUUGAUCCACAGGUCCGUCACGAUCCAUUCCUUCCAGUUAAAGAGUACACUCAAAAUCCCAGAGGAAAGAAAGAAACAUUUUGAGAAGCUGCGUACGGCCCCUCAGAAAACCACCAACAUCGGGCCUAUUGACCAGAUUGCGAUCAUACCCAAGCCUCCUCCCUACACCAAGCAACUGAACCUGAAGAAGAGAAGAUAUGAACAGCAGCAGCUACGCAGAGAACAAUUAGCUAAGACGGUCCAGAAUGAAAUUGCUGAGUUUGAAUUAAGCCGAAAGAAAAUGGUCAGUUCUGGAGUUCCUUCUUCUUUAGGUGGUCAGCCUGUCGCUGAAUACUAUGUACCAAGUUGGAGCAGUUACUUAGACAUGCAGGGAAGUAAAGCUCAUCUGAUACUACAGUCCAAUCUCAAGUACAUGCAGGAGAUACGAAACAGGCUUGAGGAGAGUGCCAUGGCCCGGGAGCAGAGGGAGAAAAGACGAGACAGAUUUCUGUUGGAGCAGCUCCAGAUCCACGAAGCUCAGGAGGAGGCAAGACGAGAUGAGCAUCUUGUGAAGCGUCUGACACGACAGACCCAACAGGAGCAGCGUGUGGCAUCACAGCUCCUGCAGAUGCGUAUGCAGAAGGCGGUGAUCAGUCAGAACCGCCUCUUCAGAGAACAACAGUACCAGCAGAGGAAGGAGAGAGACAUAAAGGAGGCUCUGGAGAGGGAGGCGGCUCUGGCUGAACAGGCAAAGUUGGAUCGUGCCAAGGAGAUCCAAAAGGAGCUGGAAUUUUUUAAAAAGAUUGCUGCCGAGCGAACUCGCCGCAAAUAUGAGAAGCAUUUUAAACUCUGCAAGGACAUAGUGGAACAGAUACUGGAUUUGUCAACCAAGAUCGGAGAAUAUCGUCUGAUUACAGCGAAUCUGAUUCCAGAGAAGAUGAUGAGGGAGUGGAAGGAGCUCGUGCUGAAUGGUCUGCCUCUCUAUGAGCAGCCUAAGGGCCUUUCACCUUCGUAUGAAUUGUAUACCCCAUUAGAUACAAUAGAGUGUCGGAGGUUGGAGGUCCUCAACAACCAAAACUUCGAUGAGUACAUGGAAAUGGUAGGUGACUGGGUGUGGCCAGAGGAGGCGGGGGAGCUAAAACAACCCCCACCAAACAACAACAUUCUCGGGCACAUCAUGCACCGACUGAAGAACAUCAUUCACCCCCCACUCCUUGAGUCCACCUCACCGUCACUUCCUCACUAUACCAUCAAAGCCUGUGUCCUCGGAAACCUCUGCUCCGGCAAGACGAGGUGCUUGGCCAAGAUUGCUGAAGAGUUUGGCGUCUGUGUUUUAUCUCCUGACACACUGGUGGAGGAGGCGCUGAAUGCCCACAUUAUUGGAGAGCAGCUGUCUGCUCGUGCAGCAUUGGGAGGAGCUGCAAUGAAAGAGCUGAUAAAAGGCCAAGGGAUUCCAAAUGAUGUGAUAGUGGACAUAGUAGUGGAGGCCAUCAGACAUGUUCCAGCUCAUUCAGGUUGGAUCUUGGAUGGCUUUCCGAUGGACAUCAAUCAGGCCUACCUGUUCGAGAAAGCCCUGGGCGGGUCAGUUGAGGUGGGGGGCAGUGUAGAAAGGAAGCGGUCUGAACUCGCUUUUGGUCCUAACCCACCUCAUACUCUAGGCUGCGCUGAGCCUGUCUUGGACAUGGUUGUGCUGCUGGACGUCCCUGAUGGGGCCGUGAUCAGACGUGCAUUCAGUCACACAGACUCUGAUCCUGCAACUGAGACAGCUUUGUCUCCGACAGAAAAAAAUUUAUAUCUGGCACAGGUUCCACAAAGGAUUACCGCUUUUAGGGACACCUGGCCCCGUCUUGGGGAAUGGUAUGGUGAGAAGCAGAAUAUUCUGGUGACCAUCGAAGCCAAUGUUGAUGAGGACGAGCUCUACGACAGAUUAGCUGGUGUCCUGCAGCCGGUUUUGACACACAAGCCAGAUGUCACUCAGUGUGCAGAGGAAGUUUCAUGUGCCACAGAAUCUGUUCCACACGGUAAGAAGAAAAAAGGACAAAGAAUCAACCAGCUCAAGCCAAGGAGGUCUUCCAUCGGCUCAUUGAUGAGUGAAAAUGGACAUCGAGGCCAAAAUGAAUAUGCGGUAUCGCCCAGAGUUUUUGUGGAUGAAUCUCUUCCUCCAGAAAUCCCAGAGUAUCUGUGCUCCAAUUGGGAAACUGUGUGUGAAUCCUAUGUUAACAACAUAAGACGAGUGUUGCAGCUGCUGCGCUCGCAAAGCAAUUUCAUCAACCAUCACCUCUACAACACCAGGGAGGACUUCAAGCACUUCCUGGGCCGUCCAGAUGUGAAGCAGGAGUUUGUGUCUCAGUGGCAAAAGGACUUUAAUAGUGUACCUGAUGAUAUGAGAGACGACGAGGAAACCAAAGCAGAACUUCAUCUGAGACUUGACGAGCUGCGAGAGCGUCUGUUGGACAUCAGUGAAAAGCGUAAGGAACAAAAUGAGAAGGAAAGGUCGUCCAUCAUACACGAGGGCUGGCUGGAUGAUCAUGUCGCUGUACUCGUCAAUCACCACUCUUCACUCAUUCAGGCGGAAAUAAACAAACUUCAGGAGUCAAUCUGUAUCUUUAGGGUCUAUUAUUCGAGCAUGGCGGGGGAAGUCAUAUUUGAACCGUUCUCUAACUUUAUUUAUGUCCCCCUGCUGGGGAGCACUGAAAUUAACGUUCACUUUGACUACAGCAUUGACACAGAGGACACAGAGAAGAAGGCUCGGCCGACGGAAGGAGAUGAAGGGAAGAAAGUUAAAUUUUCUCUUCAAUGCCUCCCCAAAUUUAUUGAACACCCAAUGCCCAAGAGCCAGAGUCAGUUAGAUACAGAUCCAGUCAAGCAUUCCCAGGAGAAGCUCAAUUUCGAGUAUGAGGAGGCCGUGAAAGCCAUCGGCCGAUUGGUGUCGGCAGAAAUCCACCAGGGGGAGUUAAAAGAGCCGGAGAAGCCUCCGGAAAAGGAGCCAGAGAAGCCUCCAGAAAAGGGCAAAACAAAAAAAGGAAAACAGUCAGCCAAAGAGCAGAAAGAGCCAGAACCACCGCCUCCACCUCCCACUGCAGUCUAUGAAGGAAGAAAGAUAGAGUUCACCUGUGAUCUUGAGGUCAGAAAGAUAUUACAUAAAGAAUACAUAGCUGCACUGGAACAUGAAGAAAAAGCAACCAAAGUGAAAAUUUCACUGGUGAAAGGUCAUGGACUGGUGAUGAUGCAACAGCUGCAAGCCGGAGCAGAAAUGGUGUUUCAGGCCAUGCAUAAGUGGUUAGAAGCAAACUACCAUGCAGAAAUAAAGAGUAUUGACCAGUUAACAGAAGUUGUCCGUCAUCACAUUGAGACUGGUGCUAAACUGCAGAAUGAGCUGAUCCUGGAAUGCAGUGACUUCUACAUGAACGGAGACUGCCACAUGGUGCCCACUCCAGCCCCUCCUACACAACCACCUCCCCUGGAGAAGCCCACGCCAUACACCCCGACCAUCAGGCAGCUGGAAACACUUUACCAGCAUCUCAGUUGCAUUGCUCCAUCAGGCCUCAUGUCCAGUUCUGAGUUUUCUGAUUUGCUCAGAGAUAUAACAUCUGUGAACACCGGUAGAACCAUGUUACCUGAGCGCUGGAUCGACCUGAGUGAUAAACAGCUGAUAGAAAUCGUAUCCCUGCUCAUGGACCAGUAUGAGCUCGUGGACUGGCGUCAGUUCCUGCUCAGCGCUGCCCUCCCGUGGCCGUUCCCCUCCCUUACGCAGCUGCUGGAGGUGCUGCAGCGUUUCAAGGCAGCAGAUGUUGAAAACACAGGUUGUGUCAACAGUGAACAGUAUCUACAGACCGAGUUGUGGUUUUCCAGUAAGAAUGACCAGCCUGUUUCUCAGGACCACAGUGGAGUGCCACCUUUUGACCGUCUUUCCAAUCUUCACAAGUUCUUUUUCCAGUUGUUUGCAGACCACUCCCUGUCUCCCCCUCAACUGGACUACGUGUCCAUGCUGCAGUACUUUGCUGCUGACCCUAAUCCCAAGCAAUGCUUCGUUAGAUUACUGAGUGUGAUCCUGGGCCAGGCUCUGCUGCUCCCCUCAGAGGAGGAGCUCGUCAAGUCCAUGCCGGUGAUAAAAGAUUCAAGUGUCAGCCUCAUAGAACCUGACGGAGAAACCAAAGGGAGUCCGAGUGCAUCAACCACUCCUGUGGUGGAGUCUGGAGUCUCCAUCUCUGCUCUUCUCACUGUCCUCUGUCAUAAAGUCACCAGGUUAAAGGGUCACCGUGCUCUUCCUCCCGGCUGCCCCAGUGAAGAGGAACACAUCCAGAACCUGGCCCAGGUUUUCACUGAGCUGGGCUACGAACCUGAGGACUGCGUCCCGUUCUCUGUGCUGUCUCGGCAUCUUUUCAUCCAGGACCUGAUGUUGAACCCAGCACACUACAAGCUAGUUAAUCUUCACGGCGUAUUACAGCCUCCCCAGGAAGAAGAAUCGUUCAUUAAGGAAGAAUAAUAAGGCAGCAGUCACGUGACUUUAUGGAUGCCCACUACUAUUGGAUAAAACACAAAAGAAAAGGAUUUUAGGAGCUGCAUGAAUUUGAAACUGAUUCCAGUCAACUGAGUUUGAAGUUUUUUUAAUCCUUUAUAUGUGUUACAUCAGUGGUUCUCAAACUGCGGUGCAAAAUUCCUGGAGUGCUCUUUAGUGGUACGUGGGGAAAAUUCAUAUUUUCACAUUUCCAUUUUCAGUUGAAUAAAUCUAAAACAUACCAAGUACAAUUAAUACAACAUUUAAACAUAAACAUCUUUCUAAACAUUUCUAAACAUC